UACCUAAUGUAUAUAAACCCGACCCGGCUGCGAUUUGUCCAGCCUUGACUGCGUAUAUGCUUAAGUCUAUGCCUACCACUCAACUAAGCGACGGAUCUCCUGAUCACCAAGCUUUCUUCGAGCUGGCCACACGUGUCGACGAAAAGCAACUUACACCAAACCUCAUUCGUUUCCGUUGAACCCCCCUCCCCCUUCUGGGAGCAACUCCAAAGAUGCGAUCCCACGGCCCGGUCUUCUUCGUGUUAGCAGCGGCGGGGCUCCAAGCUGCUUGUGCUUCGGCACCGUCGAGAUGGCAAGCCCGCCAGGCUAACGGCCCUGUUGUUUCUCCUGAUAUGACGUGUGGAAGGACAGGAGCUGGGACAAACGGCUACACCUGCCCGACCGGCUUGUGCUGCUCGCAAUACGGAUACUGCGGAAGCUCAUCCGACUAUUGCGAUGCCGGUUGCCAAGCCUCCUUUGGAAGCUGUGUGCCUGGGAAUGGCACCAGCGACGGCGGGGGCACCGUCGACGGGCGGUGUGGUCCCGACUUCGGGGGUGCCGUGUGUAGUAGCACAGAGUGCUGCUCCCUCUCUGGGUACUGCGGUACCACUCCGGAACACUGCUUUGCCCCGGACUGCCUGUUCGACUACGGGCCCGCUUGCGACGCUAACAAAACACCCUCCGGCACCAACACGUCGACCUGGAGCCGUCCCCGGCUAGGUGACGUUUCCGUCGGAGGCGAAGGCAUCUAUCAGUGUGAGACUGCGGGCGUUGUCGCGUUGACAUUCGAUGACGGCCCCGCCAGUUAUACGGAAGAGCUCUUGGACCUUCUAGCGAGAUACCAAGCCAAAGCUACAUUCUUUGUCAAUGGUGUCACCAACAGUAAGGGGCAGAUUGACGAUGGUAGUCUUGUAUGGCCGGCUUUGAUCAGGCGCAUGCACGACGAAGGCCACCAGAUCGCUUCGCACUCCUGGUCCCACGCUGAUCUUAGCAACAUCGCGGCGUGGCGGCGGAGGGACGAGAUGGUCAAGAACGAGAUGGCGCUGAUCAACAUCCUCGGGAUGGCGCCGACGUACAUGCGGCCGCCAUACAGCUCGUGCACAUCGGGGAGCGGGUGCUGGAGCGACAUGACGGCGCUGCGCUAUCACGUCAUCUACUUCGACCUCGACACGGCGGACUGGUCCAACUCCUCGCGGGACCAGAUCCAAAACUCCAAGGACGCGUUCGACAGGUUCUUCGCGGGCACGUCGCUGCCGCGCUCCGCCCUCGCCAUCGCCCACGACAUCCACGAGCAGACCGUCCGCAACCUCACGGAGUACAUGCUCCGCGGCAUCGACAGCCGCGGCUACCGCGCCGUCACUGUCGGCGAGUGCCUCGGGGACCCCGUCGCGAACUGGUACAGGACGGCCUAAGUUGGCGAACCGACCGACUGGUUCCGCUCUGGCGGGAACCCAUCUGGCAUCGCAUCCGGAACCCCCUGACUUAUAAAAGGUACAGGGAGGCAGAGGGGUGGGCAUAUAAUGCGUAUAUAUAAGUUGCGCCACGUUUUCCCAGCGACGGAGUCACGAUUGCAUUGUUGCGUACAUAAAGAUGGCUUGUUUCCCCGGAAACACGUAUGUAGUCCUUCUAUGGAUGACUGCAUGUCCCGGGACAUUUGCAUAUAUGAGCCGGCGGGUAGAUAUCCAGCAUUGGGAGGAUCCCUAGGACGCUGUUAAAUAUAGAUAGACGACGACGAAUGGUAUGUAUGUAGCUGGUUAGAAAAGCGAAAAAGAAAAGAAGGAAAAAAAGGAAGUGGGAGAAAAGAAAUCCGCUGUGGCUUGAAACCUAUAGCAGAAGGUGGGGGAGAGUCCGUGUAUGUACUCAGUGGUAUAUUGAACCUAGGAGUAGAGGUCCGAAAUCCCCAAAAGGACUGUUUUUCUACCUAUCUCUACUUACCAAUCACCACUUGAUAUGUCAAGUG